AACUCAAAAAAUCCAACAUGCCUCAGUACAGCAACGGACAGGCUAUCCGCUACAAGCCCGUUGGCGGCCCCAACUCCAACACGUCGGAGAGCGUCGGAACGAUCAAGGGUGUGUUGACCGAGCCCGGUAUGCAGGCAGACCGGAAUGUCGAUGCCAGCGAGGAGAACCCCCGCUAUGAGGUUGAGAACCAGAACACGGGCAAGUUGACCAGCAUCUACGAGAAGAACAUUCUGGGGAGUGCGUGAGAUAAUGAUCAUCGAUGGGAUAUGUUGCCUUACGUCAGAGAUGUAAUAUGUUAUGAAACAAUAGGAUAAUUGAGGACAGCGACUUGGUAAGCUUUUUCUUUGGUUUCAACUGCGACAGUCAGUGGAAUUAAACAAUCUGCUGGCCGAUUGAAAAUGAAACUUUGCAUUGCAAUUAGGCAAUUGGAGUCGCCUGCACAGUGUUGGGUAAAACUUAGAGUCAACCGGGAGCCCUUACGUAGGAGCGGGU